CUUAGCCAGCGCCUAAAAUCUAUAACAUUAAUCAGGCGAGUAACCUAACCUUGAUUAUACACUCUGAUUUGUCCCCAAAAGACUAGGGGGCAGAGAGAGAGACACACACACAAAACCCUAAAUUCGAAAACCAGACCUCUCAGUUUCUCUCCAUUUCAAUUCGUAGAGAUGGAUUUCUCAUCUCUCCCAGAAGACCAGCAACAACAGCUUCAACAACUCCAACAACUCUUUCAAGAACACCGACAACAACAACAGCAAGAACAACAACAGCAACAACAAAUUCAAGACUAUGCAUCGCAAGCUUACGAUCCGACUCAAGUUCAAGCCUACGAUCAAUCUUACUAUGGCUAUUACCAAUACCAACAAGACCCAUCACAAUCUCAUCAAUAUUCACAGCACCAAGAACAACAACAUCAACAUCAACAUCAACAGCAACAGCAACAGCAACAUUACGCUUAUUAUCAUACAGAUUACGCCAAUGCGUAUCAACAACAGCCUCAGCAACACGAACAACCCCAAAUUCAACCGCUUUCACAGCCCGAAUCGGCUCCGAUUCAUCAAUCGGGCGAAUCACAGCCCCAGAUCGCCGUUUCUGGGGCUUCUGUGGCGGCGCCGGUGGGGCACCAGCAGCAGCAGAAUGCGUAUCACCCGCAACAGGGAGGGCUGGUGGUUGGGGGGGAACAGGCCAAUCCCGGGUACCCAGUUCCUCCGGGGCUUAACCCGGCUGCGGCAGCGGCAGUGGCGGCGCUUUCGCAAUUGACGCAGUUUGCGGGGACUAUGGAAGCGGCGGAGAAGGCAAUGGCAAUGGUAGGGAUGCAGGCGAGGGGUAGAGGAUAUGGGCAAAUGAUGGGUCCUGGUCCUGGUCCGGGUCCUGGUCCUGGUAUGGGAGCAUUUAUGGGGCAUGGACCGAUGCUUCGUGGACCGGCACCGUUUCGUGCUCCGGUUGAUCAAUCACUGUACAGGGGUGGUGGUAGAAGGGGUGGCAGAUUUAGAGGCAAUAGCCAGGGAAAUUUUGGCAAUCGCCCACCUAGGUCAGGCGGCACAGGGCCACCUUCCCAUUGGAGAGGACGUGGUCGGGGUAGGGGCGGUCCCAGGCACUUUCCACCAAAUGGUGCAUCAUCAUCUUCACACCCAAAACCUUCUGCUCAUGAGAAGGCAGAGGGUGAAGAGGAAGCAGCACAUACAGCUGAUAAUCAUGAGGAACCCGAAGCAAUUCAGACAUCUGCACUGAAACAGGGGAGCACAGCUCCUAACAAAAGACCUCCACAAGCUGCAUGGUGCGAACUGUGUAGAGUUGAUUGCACCAGCUUGGAAAUACUUGAGCAGCAUAAGAAUGGAAAGAAACAUAAAAAGAACUUGCAAAAAAUUGAAGAGUUGCAAAGUACUUGCAAAGCUGUCUCUGAAAUACAGUACGAGCAGACAUCUGUUGCUGAGUCCAAUCCUGAAGUAAAUUUGCAUACUGAAAUUGUCCAGGAGGGUGAAGACAAGAAGCAGACCCUGCCAGAAAAUUUGACCACCGAACCUGGUGAUAAUGAAAACAAAGUGGAGACUGAACAACAAAAUGAUGAAGCAGAACAGCCUGGAAUUCCUGUGGCAGAGCAGUCCAAUGUGCAAGGAAGGAAGCCUUGGAUGAAUCAUUUCGAUGAUCAGAGGCGUGGAAUGAAACGCAAGAUGAGAGGUGGUCGUGGAGGGAAGCGCAUGAAAAUUGAUGCACAAAGACGGCCAAUGGAACCUCCUAAACCCAAAGUGGUGAUUCCCUUAAUUUGUGACUUGUGCAAUGUCAAGUGCGACACACAGGAGGUUUUUGACCGCCAUCUUGCUGGUAAAAAGCACAUUUCUAAGCUUAAACGAUUUGAAGGUCACCAAGCUAUGUACGGGCCUAUGGGGCUUCAGGCUCUUUAUCCACCUAACCCUAUUGCACAGUCCUUAUUUGUCCCUCAAGGCCCUCAACAAGCCUUUUAUGGUCCUCAGGGCUCAUAUCCUCCUCCAGGGUCUUACAUGCCUCCUCAAGCUCACCACUCGGCCCUGUCAGCAGCAGGUACAGGUUCUGAAUUUCAGCAGAAUCCCAACCAUCAAGUGUCAGGUGCUAGUUAUGACUUUGAUGGCCAGAAAGCUGUACAGGAAGCUCAGCAGCUGUCAGAUUUAACAGAAACCAAACAAAAUGAUGUAGUUGCACAGACAUGUGCUGCAAAUGGUGUUUCAGAAUAUGAAGGCAGUGGGUUGAAUCUGGACAAUACAGGUACAGGAGUGUAGUAGUUUAAUUCAGUGACACAUGAAGCCAAGCCAGUGCUGGAUUAUGGAGUUGCCUCUGGUCAUGUUGCCUUUCCAGGACUUGAUAUGCAUACAGGGAGGGCUAAUCAAGUAAAGAACAUGUUGUACCAGAGUAUUUGGCACUCUUGCUGAGUUUUAUUGGCAAUAAAACUGGAACUAUUUUAGUUAUUUAAUCUCUUGGUUUCCUAGAAGUUCUUUUUGGACUAACUAUUUUGUGGAACACAGAUGUAUAUCUCUUUCAACUAUCAUAUGAUUGAAUGUUUAGCUGAUAUAGAAACACUGAUGGUGGUCAUUGGUUAAUAUUCUGCCUUCUGGUUUUACUUUUA